AGCUGUUCCAAUGCCACACUCUCGACUAAGGCAGCAGUAAGAGAAAGUUACACCCUGAACAAGCAUGGCACGCGUGUUGCUGCUUCUUGUAGUGCUAUCUAUUGUCCAGGUUACUCCCAGCCAAGGCUUCGUGAAGGAACUACUCUUCAAAGAAGUGAAAGAUACUCUGCAUGAGGACGGAACCACUGAGAUCCUUGACCGUGUAUGCAACUACCGAGUAGUACCACGCUUAGAGAGCUUAGAGCUUUACUUUAAAGGCGACGUGUGGUGCCCCGGCUGGACAGUCAUCAAGGGAGAAUCCCUGACUCGCAGCAGGACUAGGGUGGUGAACAAGGCCAUCGCAGACUUCGCCAAGAAAGCUGUCACUCAGGGCCUCAUCACGCAGGAGGACGCCCAACCCUUGCUAGAGUAGCCCGGACCUAAAAGUAGUGUGUGUGUGUGUGUGUGUGUGUGUGUGUGUGUGUGUGUGUGUGUGUGUGUGUGUGUGUGUGUGUGUGUGUGUGUGUGUGUGUGUGUGUGUGUGUGUGUGUGUGUGUGCCAAAGAGGUGCAAAGACGGGAUGAUCUCUUUCCAUGAUCUCCCACACCGCAGCGCCACUCAACCUCGCUCAGUUAACACCAUCUUCCAUAUUUUUGUGUAAUCAUUCUUCUCCACAAAUCACGAUAUCAUGUCCACUGUAAUAUAACAAUUAUCAUAAACACUUCAGUAGA